UUUGUGUUGGUAAAAAGUUUCCAAAUUUCUUACACUUCUUUAAUGGGUAUUUUAAAAAGCGUCAUUGUCACUGGUAAUUCUCUGGGAGGAUUGGUUGCGUCGCUUGUCGUUUUGGAGAUCCUACGGAGACUUUAUUCCUCAAAGACGAAUCUCCCUCUAUGCAUCACCUUUGGUUCUCCAAUUGUUAGCAGCAAUGGCCUCCAACAAGUCAUUUACGAUCAGCCAAUUUUGAAGUCUCAGUUCUUACAUGUAGUCUCCGUUCAAGAUCACAUACCUUUUCUCUUCAUUAGCAAUUCAUCAGCUUCCGAUUCACAGCGUUACAAGCCUUUCGGUACAUAUAUAAUGUGCUCUACAUCAGGUUGUGCCUGUUUCAAUACUACUGAUGCAGUUUUGAAAUUGCUGGAGGCUAAAGGAAGAUCUCAGUUGGUUAACCAUAAUGUGGAUUAUGGAAAUAUUUUGGGAUAUAUAGAAGAAUUCAAUAUUUUGAGACUUAAGGAAUAUGGAAAUAUUUUGGAAGACCUCAAAAAAUCAGUUACUUUCUUCAAUGGGUUUUCAUCAAUGCUACCUGGAUUGCCUGGUUGCUCUUCUCUUGAGGUUGGGAUACGUCUUCAGAUGGAAGCAAUUGAAGUUAUAGAAGCCCAGGAAUACAAUGAGCUUGUCACUUCGAUGGCAGACGUAGAGAAGCAGGAAAGACUCUACCUGACCGACAGAGAGAAUCCUGAAUUGGAGCUGAAUAAAGCAAAAAUAAACUUUGCGAAACUUGAAUGGUUCAAGAAGAAAUCCUGGAAUACUGAGGCUGGAGGCUACUAUGAUUGCUACAAGAACUGCAUAUCCUCUGGAAGUGAUGAAGAUACAAUCAAGUGGAAUAAUUCUGUCACAGAAUAUUGGAAGAAGAAGAUAGAAGUAAUAAAACAAAAACCCCAAUACAAAGGUGGUGUUCCAUUACAAACAAGAUAUGUCCGUGCUGCAACAAAUUAUAGAAGGAUGGUUGAACCUCUUGAUAUUGCAGAUUUCUAUAAGAUUCCAGGCCAGAAGAACUACCUAAAACAUAGACCCAAACAUUAUAAACAGUUGCAGAAAUGGCAGGAGGAUGAUGAUGAGAGAGCAGAGAAUAAGAUUCAGAAGAACUUAUCAUCAAUGAGGAACAAAGCUGUUAAUUUAAUAGAGGAUUCUUGCUUCUGGGCUCAUGUGGAGGAUGCUAUGAUUUUAACAGAGAUGUUGAACAACAAAAAGGAAGCUGAUUGUGAGUUAGAAGAAUCAGUUAUUAAGGAAGAUUUGAAGGAGUUUGAGAAUUAUGUAAUGGGGUUGAUACGAAAAUUCAGUGUUUCAGAAGAGAUUUUCUUGGAGAAGAGUACCUUCAUGCAUUGGUGGAGAGAGUAUUAUAAAAUUAUCCUAGAAGAUGGACGUAGUUCACCACUGAUUGAUUAUAUGGAGGCAAAAAAAUAUGAGCCCGGAUCAGCUUCUCGUACGAGAAGAGAUGGCAACUCUACUUGUGUGACGUAUUCCUGCCACAUGUUUUUCCUACUCUUGGUAUCCUUUUUGGCAUUGUUAAUUAUUUAUUUAUUUAUGCGAGAGGGUUCGAAAAAAGACAGUGUGGGUUUUGUACCAACAUAGGGACCCAUGAGAGCACACGUGAAAGCAUAAAAAAUGGUGGGAUUUCCACCUUUUAUGUGGAGUAGGGUGAUCAUUUCGCACUCCCCUGUAUCUUGGAGUAGGGGUCAUCUUUCCUUUGUUUAUUUUUAAAUAUCACAAUAAGAGUAGGACCCACUUCUCCUUCA